AUUGUCGGAAUUUUGCAAUGGGAAAAGGAAAACAUCGAGUUGUGAAGCCACGAAGAGCGGAUAAACCGCCGAAAGAGCGAAAUGUGGAGGAAGAAGUUGAGACAGAAGAGGAAGAAGAGGAUAUCGAAGAUGAAUCCACAUCGGAGCCGGGCUCAGAAGACUCUGACGACGAGCCGGAAGAAGACUACAAAUUCCCAUUUCGUCUGGCGAUGUACGAUUUUAAUCAGUGCGAUCCGAAGCGAUGCUCCGGGAGAAAGCUUCUUCGUGCGAAUUUGAUCACAGAAGUGAAGCUCGGGCAACGAUUUCCCGGAUUAGUGCUCAGUCCAACCGGAACGUACACAUUGGCUCCGCGAGACCGUCCAUUUGUCGAACAGAAUGGGCUCUGCGUUGUGGAUUGCUCAUGGAAGGAAGUCGAGAGAACUCCGUUGCAUAGAGUAAAAGCCCCGGAGCACCGUCUUCUUCCAUAUUUGGUGGCAGCCAAUUCAGUCAACUACGGAAAACCAUGUCAUCUAACAUGUGCCGAGGCGAUGGCCGCCGGUCUCUACAUUUUAGGCUUCCAGGAGGCCGCAAGCCGCCUCAUGAAGCCCUUCUCCUGGGGAGAUCACUUUAUUGAGCUCAACAAAGAGCUUUUAGAUCUCUACGCGGCUUGUGAUACACCGGAAGACGUGAUUCGAGCACAAAAUGAGUAUUUGGAGAGAAUCGAUAAGGAACGGGAGCAACAUUCCCGGGAUAUUGAUCUACCGCCGAGUGGUAGUGAUGAAGAAUAUGAGGAUGAGGAAGAAGUGGAAGAAUUGAAGAAAUAAAAUCUCCCCAUUCACUGCCGCCGAGCUUCAUCAAUUUCUGCACAUUGUCAUUUUUCGUUGGAUUUUUUUUUGAUAAUUUUUUUCCUUAAUUUUUCGUUUUUGUUAUUGUUUGUUAUUCAUGUUUCUUACUUGAUUUCCGGUUUUUUCUCUCAUUUCCCCGCCAAAAAAAAAUUGGAAAAUUUAAUAAAAAUUUCAG